UAACAGCCUAUGAGAUGGAUUUAGCAUGGUGGUGUUUGAAUGAUAGUACAGAGAAAGAAGAAAACGUUGGUAAAGUUGAAAAUAAAGUAUCUUGUAAAGACUCGAAGCCUGAUGCAAAUUGUGAGACAAGUUUACUUGAAUGGUUCUGGGAUAAUGCAGAUUGUAAUGAUUUUGUAAAAGAGGUAGAGAAUAUGAAGGAAAGUGCAGUUAAAGCAAGUGAUGAAAAGGAGAGUGGUGAAAACGAGAAGAAAGAGGAUGUAAGUGGAUUAUAUAGUAUCGGACAUUGUGAUGAUGAAAAGAAGAAAAUUAAAAGGGACGAAAAUAAGAUACUCACCUGCUACCAAAACACCAGUAAUAUAGACAAGGACAAAAAGCAAAUGCUUGAGCAGAAUUCGGAGUAUGUUGAGGGUGGAGAAUUGCUGGUAGAACCUAAAGUAGAAGAUGAAAAUAGAUUAGUAUUUGACCGGGAAAAAUUGAUUAAAAGCAGAAAUACAAUAUCCGACAUAUAUUGUGAUGAAGAAGGAGCCAAGAUUGGUAAUUGUGAAGAGGUAAUUGGUAAUGAAAGGCCGAGUGGAGAAAAUAAUGUGAGUAAUGUAAUUAUGAGAGAAAAGAUAGUUUAUUAUUAUGUUCAAUCAGUUGAAAUAAGAAAAGCGGAAGUUAAUGAACAUAACAUACCUGAAGUUGGAGUCAAAAAUGAUGAAAACGGGGAUAAAGCUGCAGAUGGUAGAGCGAAAAUCAUUAGAAGUGAAAUGGAAAGUGUCGAAAGAACAUGUGAUGAAAGUAUAAAAAAUAAUAAAUACUAUGAAUUUCAUGAUAAAAAGUCUAGCCAUGAUGAAUAUCUUGCUCGUGAUUGUGAAUUGGUGAUAAAGAUUGAAAGGAAUCAAAGGGAUAGUAUGCAUGUAAAGAAUAAGACGGAUAUGAAGGAGUAUAAUAGAAAGAAAAGUAAGCAGUUAAAAGUAAAAAUUGAUGAUGUUGAUAAUAGAAAAAUGAAACAUGAAAAGAACAUUAUAUAG